AUCAAUCUAUUUACAGGAACCUGGUUGAGUCUGUCGCACAAACUGGUUUCCAUCAAAAUCAUCCCCCUCUUUCACCAUCUUCUUUCUUAGUCAACUUCUUCCCGCUUUUUCUGCCUACUUUCACCAUGGAUACUAAAUCUCCCUCGCCGCCCGAACACAUAGACCAUAAGGAGCCCGAACACCUGCCUGCUGACGCGGAAAAGCGGUCAGACAUUGAGAAAAUCAACACGACGUGGGAAGGUGUAGCUACCAUCGAUCCCGAGCUAGACAAACGGAUCACCCGCAAAUUCGACAAACACCUUGUGCCAUGGCUAUUCGGGUUCUGGCUCUUCGCCUUCAUCGACCGAAGCAAUAUUGGGAACGCGCGAAUCGACGGCCUGGCUGAUGAGCUCCACCUAGACGCCAACAAAUUCAAUAUCGCUCUAGCGGUCUUCUAUGUUCCGUACAUAUGCUAUGAUGUGCCCAGCAACUUGGUACUCAAGUACUUCAGAGCAGGUUAUUACCUGCCGUUCCUGGUGACGGCAUGGGGACUUGUUAGUAUGUGCAUUGGAUUUGUGAAGAGCUAUUCAGGACUCUUGGUCGCGCGAUUCUUUCUCGGGUUAUGCGAAGGAGGCUUGCUAGGUGGAAUGGUGGUCUAUCUUUCCAUGUUCUACCGGCGCCAUCAAUUGCUAUACCGAAUCACGCUCUUCUACUGCGCAGCACCGCUCAGUGGUGCCUUCGGUGGUCUACUUGCGACUGGACUUGGAGAAAUUAACUCUGGAAGCUACAAAGGCUGGCCCUUCAUCUUCUUCGUCGAAGGCGCCAUCACAGUCGCCUAUGGCAUAAUAUCCUUUUUCUUCCUUCCCCACACCCCCAGCGAUGUCAAAUUCCUGACCGAAGAGGAAUACGAAGGCGCCCUCGCCCGCAUGCGCUCCGACGCCCACGGGUCCGCCCCCGCCGUCGAUGUCGCGGACGAGAAAUUCGACUGGUACUGGGUGCGCCGAGCCAUUUUCAACUGGAACACUCUUCUUCUCUCCCUAAACUUCUUCGCUAUCAUCACGCCUAUCUACUCCUUCUCGCUCUUCCUCCCGACCAUCAUCAAAGGCCUCGGUUUCACUAAAGUGAAGGCGCAGCUCCUGACUGUCCCGCCAAACUUCUGCGCCUUCAUCGCCGUGCUGUUGACUGGAUAUUACUCCGACAAGCUCCGUGUCCGCGGCCCACUGAUGAUCGGUCUCGCAUCUCUCGCUAUCGUCGGGUACAUCAUGCUCAUAGCCAGUUACCACCCUCACACUCGCUACGGCGGCACCUUCUUCGUCGCAGUCGGCGUCUUCUCCUGCAGUCCAUUGGUGAUGGGCUGGCUGUCCAACAACCUCGCACCGCAUUAUGUCCGAGCUACGGGUACGGGCUUCCAGAUCAUGAUUGGAAAUAUGUCGGCGUUUAUUGCAACGUUCACGUACUUGCAGGAGGAUGCACCUCGCUACUACACCGGUCACGCCAUCAACAUUGGCAUGCUAGUCUUCUCCGUCUUCCUAUCCAUAUCGAACAUCCUGUACUGCAAAUGGGAGAACAAGAAACGUGAGACUGGGCAACGAGAUUCGCGGCUCACAGAAGGGGACGAAGAACAGCUGGGAUACAGACAUCCGCAUUUUAAGUAUACGAUUUGAGCCUCUUGUCAAAUCUCCUCUUGUUAUGGAGAAGACGCUGGUACUGUGUGCAUUUCCCUGGCUUGCUCUGAACAUGUCAGCAUGUAUGAGGUCCGAUUUAAUAUAAGGGAUUAUUACCGUAACAUGCUCACAGCCCAUUCUGAACGCAAAGGCCAAUCGUCUUGCACAUUCUGAAAAGGCACUAGGCCGCCUCAGACGGCGUCAUCACUGCUCCAAAGGGACAUAGAUUCUCUACUGAUACACACGUCAAGAUCCUGCCACCUCCUAGUCGUUCUUACAAAGACUCAAAGAGGUGGAUGCUCGUGCUUUGCAGCGCAUUCAGCACGAUAUCUUUGGUCCUUUUGGAUUAACCUGAAAAGGCAUUGGGCCACCUCAGACGGC